GUUGGGGCUAAGCAAGAGAAAGCCCACCUGAUCCUCAUAUGAGAGGGGUAAAAGCACUGAUAAAAAUAAUUCACUCAGAAUAGUAGAGGGUUUAGGAUAAUUACAAGUGUCAUAAAUGAGGAUUUGGCAGUCAGUGGUGCAGCACAUGACAUACUGGAGUAAUUCACGAGUGACCCAGAAUGCAGAAGCAGUCGAGCAUCACUUCCAGGUGACACUUUUUUUGCUCAGCGACCACUCCACCAGAGGCCUCGGUGCCAUAUCGCAGAGAACACAAUGUGUCUGGGUUCUGUUACCAGGAAGUGGGCCGAGUUAUUUAUAUUUCAGCACUCAUCCUCGGCCACACGAUCGCAGGAAGUAACCUGAAACUUUGAAAUUCAAACAUUUUAGAGCGCCUGUGUCUCGCUCUGAGGAAAGACAAAGAGUGAUAAGAAGACGAGUUUAACUUUUAAAAAAACAAACAAACAAAUGAAAGAAAUGUUUAAUGAGGGUGUCAAAGUGACCGUGUGAGGGACUCAGCAUUGGCAGAGGUGAGUCAUGGAUGUCACUAUAGUCCGCUUUGCAUAAUACACACAAGGAGUGUUUGCUAUAGGUUUAACAGAGGGUUAGUGGUUUGGGUUUGAUUUAGUGUCGAGGUUAAGGCUAGGUUGGGUUUAGGGUAGCGUUUGGGUAGAGUAGGGUUAUCGUUACGGGUUACUGGUUGUCGUUAGGGGAACAGUUGGGGUCUAAGGUUAGAGUUACGGGAGAGUAAGGUUAAUAUUAUGGUAAAAAUGGGGUUAGGGUUAAGGAUUAGGGUCAAGGCGAGUUUGGGGUUUAUAGGGUGGAUAUGGGUUGCGGUUAGCUGGAAGGGAGAGUCCUGGUUGGGGAUUAGGUUUCCUAUUAAAUGCAUGUUCCUUUCCUUUUAGUGUUGUUAUGAAGCUCCACAAGAAGAUUUUGACUCAUUACCAAUCCUGCACGUCACCAGUUGACAAUGAAGGAUAUCUCUUCAAAAAGAAACAGAGAAACGGCUCAUACCAUCGGCGCUGGUUCAUCCUGAAAGGAAACCUGCUCUUCUACCAGGAGCGGCCCGCAGACCGCCGCCUGUUGGGUGUCAUCGUGCUGGAGGGAUGCGCGGUGCGGCGAGCGGACACCGACGGACGCUUCUGCUUCGGUUUGGUCUUCCGGGGGCCUGGAUUUAAGAGCUACCAGUUUGCGGCAGGGGAAGAGGACACUGUGGAGAGCUGGGUACGGGUUUUGCUGUCCGCCAGCCAUUGCUACCUGUCGCUGCUGCUGAGAGACCUGCACACGCAGUAUCAAGGUAGCAAUCUGAUAGAAGAUGGCGGCGGUAGCUGAUGUCUGAGACCGACACGAGUGCAUUUGAUGUCACUAUUGCUCUUUGUCAGACCAGUCCUGGAUGUAUUUGCAAUCUUAACAAAAUAUGGCUAAAGGUAGGAACUCAAGAGGCAAUCUUCAUCUUUGUCUUCAAACUUUUAGAGACUGGGUAAGACAUUUAUGCAUUUUCAAUUUGACACAAGAUGUCUGAAUGAUAGUUGGGAUCGAAAGGUAAGAUUAAGGCUAACAAAUCCAACCAAAUGACGUUCAAACUUGAAUAGAGCAAGAAUUUGACAUUCAGUUCAAAAGUUAACAUCAGGAGACCUUUGAACUGGCUUCCAGACCCGACCAAACAGAUUUCUUUGCAUUUUUAAAGGCGCAAGAAGCCGACGUAUUGUCAGUCUGACAUAAGAUCGCCGAAUGGUAAUUGAGUCUACCAACUUUAAUGAACUUAUUAAAACAAUUAACGGAAAUGAAGGCUCCUACAUGUGAUCAGAUAAUAAACUCAAAAAUUGUAUGCUUGGUCAAUGUAUAAUACAAGUGGGAGUGUCGCUGCCGUAUUAGUCAAAAGACCUUGUGUGCUGCAUUCAUGUGUGCUAAACCUGCUCUGUAAAAUUUCUCCUCUUCCUUGGUGUGUGUUUUGUCACCAAAACAAUCCGAAUGAUUCCAUUGGGCAUUUUUUUU